ACGAGACAAAACCUCUUCAUUCUGUUUUUACAUAAUAAGGGAUUAAUUGUUUUUCUCCUCGUGGCUGAUUUUUUUUUACAUAUAAUCUUCACAGAAACAGGUCGUCCUCCGUGGCCACAAUGAGUUGGGGGGUGCUCUACACCCAGCUGGGCGGCGUCAACAAACACUCCACCAGCCUCGGGAAGAUCUGGCUGUCCGUCCUCUUCAUCUUCCGCAUCACCAUCCUGGUUCUUGCCGCCGAGAGCGUCUGGGGCGACGAGCAGUCCGACUUCACCUGCAACACGCAGCAGCCCGGCUGCAAAAACGUCUGCUACGACCACUUCUUCCCCGUGUCGCACAUCCGCCUGUGGUGCCUGCAGCUGAUCUUCGUGUCCACGCCGGCCCUGCUGGUGGCCAUGCACGUGGCCUACAGGAACCGCGGGGACAAGAGGACCAUGCUGGCCUCCAACGGCACCGAGAGGACCACGAUGACGAUCGACCUGGAGACGCUGAAGAGGAGGCGUCUGCCCAUCACGGGCCCGCUGUGGUGGACCUACACCUGCAGCCUCUUCUUCCGCCUCAUCUUCGAGGGCGGCUUCAUGUACGCGCUCUACUUCGUCUACGACGGCUUCCAGAUGCCGCGGCUGGUGAAGUGCGAGCAGUGGCCCUGCCCCAACAAGGUGGACUGCUUCAUCUCCCGGCCCACAGAGAAGACCAUCUUCACCAUCUUCAUGGUGUCGUCGUCGACCAUCUGCAUGGUGCUGAACGUGGCCGAGCUGUGCUACCUCAUCAUCAAGGCGCUCCUGAGGUGCUCGGCCAGGUCCAAGAUGAGGAGGGCACGCUCGAUGCAGGACAACAGCCAUCUGCAGAACGUGAAGAACGAGCUGCUGCUGUCCACCGACUCACAUUCGACCAGCAAGCAGUGUUGAAGGACAGACAUCCGCAGUGGGGGGGGGGGCUAACCAGAGAAGAAGAGAAACACAGACUGUAACUCCAGCCCCCCAGACUCUAAAUGUAAACAUCCACCAGAAGUUCAAGUUUGUUUGUUUGUUAAGUUUCAGAGUUGACUCAUGGGAAGUUGAGUGAGCUGGCCCAAGGCAAAGGCAUUGUAUGCAAACACUGAGGGAGCCAUUCAUCCAUCCAUUGAUCCAUCGGGGCGUCCCAAAUGAAAUGAAGAAAAACUAAUUUAAAAUGUAAAACUUUCAUUAUUUUAACACUAAUAUUUCGAAGAUAAUAACUAGCCUAUCAAAUGGUCCAAACCCAGCGAGACCCCGUCACUUUCUGAAGCCCUGUGUAGACCAGUGGCAUUAUUCAAACAUAAUUAAUUAAUUCCAUUUAGGCAAUGAAACCACUUUGUUAGGUUCAGGAAAAAAACAUGAUGGUUGGGCUUCAAUGAGCACGUAAACAAACGUAAGGUACGGAAAACAACCCGCCACAAACAUCACCUACUCAAAUUUGGGACGCGAACAACGGUCUCCUGGUUGAAAGUCCUGUGUCUUUCACUCUUAAUACCACAUCAUCGCACUCUCCGAGCGUCUAAUAAUAAUGCUGAUGGAUUCACGUUGUAGUUACUUGAAAAGCUUGAUGCGUCUCAUUCAGACGCUAAAGGGCGACUUGUGCGUCGGUAUCAGACGUCGAGGGUCGGUGACAAAGCGUCGGUCCAGUGCUUCCCCCGAAAAG